AUGAAAUGUCUCCCCCACUCCAAACUCCCCCAGGCACAGGGCAACGUCCUCCACGACUGGCACGCCGAAAUCCUCUGUCUACGCUCCCUCAACCAUUUUCUCCUCCAAGAAGCUCUUUCCCUUCUCUCCACCCCCUCUAUCCCCUCACAAUUUCUACAACACCGCUCCCCGGAUACCAUAACCCCAGCUUCAUUCCAGCCUUUCGAACUAAAGCCACACAUCAAACUAUUCAUGUACUGUUCCGAAGCACCUUGCGGCGAUGCCAGCAUGGAACUCACCAUGGCUGCACAGGAUGAUCCCACACCCUGGGCACUACCCCCUCCCAUAUCAAAUCCAGGAAAAGAAGAAGAUGAAAACACGAAACCCGAAUUGCCAGGCCGAGCCAACUUCCAACUUCUCGGCUACGUGCGCCGCAAGCCCUCUCGUCCCGACGCACCCGCCACCCUCUCCAAAUCCUGUUCCGAUAAGCUAGCUACCACCCAAUACACAUCACUCCUCAGCUCUCUCACCUCCCUUUUCAUCUCCCCUCAAAACAUGUAUUUGGAUUCUCUGAUCCUCCCCGAAACGCAAUAUAGCCAGAGUGGAUUUACGCGAUGUUUUAGCACACGUCUGGCGGAUUUACAGAAUCAGAUUGUUAAAUCGAGCUUGACGAAAACCGGCUACGGAUUCUAUGUAAUAGGUAUCAAAACUACGGCGAGGGAAUUCGUGUAUUCGAGAAGAUAUGUAAACGCCGAGCUCAAGGCCAAAGUACCAGAAUACGUAAGUAGCAAUAUCUCCACGUCCUGGAUUCUCGGGGAUGGGAAGAUAGGCGGGGAAACGCUGGUAAAUGGUGCGUUGCAGGGAAGAAAACAAUUUGACGUCAGAGGAGCGAGUAGAGUUUGUAGGAGGAAGGGAUGGAAAUUGGGGAUUGAAAUUUUGGCUGCGAUGACUGCGAUGGCAAAGAUAGAUCGGGGCCAGGAGAUUGUGGAAAGGAUGAGGAAAUGUUUGGUGGUGGAUAGUUAUAGAGAUUUGAAGGAGAGUGAGAUGUUGGAGGGGAGGAGGACGGUUAAGGAAGAGGUGAGAGAGUGCUUGGGUGGGUGGGUGAGGAAUGAGGGGGAUGAUGGGUUUGGGGUUGAAAUAUCAUAG